UGGCAAAAUUCAAUGAAAACCUAGUAACUAGGUACUGGUAUAAGAUACCUACAAUGAAAUUUAAACAAAUCAAAACAAACAACAAGAGCGUAUUUGUUCGCGAACUUAAAUAAAAUUAUACCUAAGUAUCUAAUAAAAAUGUUGUCCGAUUUUGCCAAAGAGAAAGUAUUCUGGACCAGAAAAAUGAAUUUAAACUUAGUAAAGUUCAUUGAAAGCAAACCAAAUAUAUGGAAUCCAAAACAUCCCAAGUACACUUCGAUGAAAUGCAAAGACCAGACAUACGCAGAAUUUGCCGCAAAGUACGGAAAUGAAUUUACAGGACAAGCGGUCAAAGACAGAUGGACAAACAUCAGGUCUACCUAUGCUAAUUAUUUGAGGAAAUUGAAGACAAGUCGAGCUAAAGGAGAGGAAUAUAAAAUAAACUGGCACUUAUGGAAUGCCUGCCACUUCUUGAUGAAGGUUCAUAGAAGAAUGAAAGGAGUUUCAUCAUUAACAGAAAUGCAAAUGGAAGAUACAAAAGAGCAAUCGGAAGUUUCUUCAGAACAAGAAGAGAAAAGUAGUCAAGAUGAAAUAGAAGAUGAUUCAACUGAUGUACAAACAGUUACAUGUCAAAGUAUAGUAAAUAACUUGAUUACAGUUAUGAAGGAUGUUCAAAAUGAUGCAUUUGGACUUGGACACACAAAACACGGACAGGUAGGAAGGGCUGUGGCAAGAAAACUUGCACAAAUGAACUCCUAUGAUGCUGGAAAAGCUUCUCAAAGAAUUAUUGAAAUUUUACUGCUUUAUGAUGAAAAUAAUCCACAAAACCCAAAUAACAUUAAAUCAGAAUGUAUGUAAUAUAUUUUAAUGUAAUAUAACUAAGAAAAACUUAUAUAACAUUAUGAUUGUUUUCAUUUAUAGAGUUUGACGACCUCAGUGACGCAGUGGUAAAGUUCUUGCCACUGAACCAAAAGGUCCUGGGUUUGAUCCCCGGUUGGUUCAUGAUGGAAAGUGAUCUUUUUCUGAUUGGCCCAGGUCUUGGAUGUUUAUCUAUAUAUGUAUUUGUUAUAAAAUAUAGUAUCGUUGAGUUAGUAUCCCAUAACACAAGUCUCGAACUUACUUUGGGGCUAUCUCAAUCUGUGUGAUUUGUCCUAAUAUAUUUAUUUAUUUAUAGUCAGAAGAUUUGAUUACCACUUUCUAAAUUUAUAUAUGAUUUGAUGAUACUUAUCAUAUUUUUAAAACUACAAAUAUAUUAGUCAAUAUUCAAACUAUUUAAUAUGAAAAACAAUAAUUUGUCGAUGAAAUAAACUUAAAUUAUUUUUCUCUACAAGAAAUUCACUA